AUGGCCCCCGAGAUAUUCGACCCGGUCCGCUUCCUGCUUCCGCGCGUUCAGCAUACUCCUGCCAGUGACAUGUAUUCGUUCGGGCAGGUAACAUGGCAGAUAUAUACCGGAAAAAUACCCUUUCCAGACCUGACCAAUUACCAGGCGAUGUUUGCCAUCCUCGACGGCAAAAGUCAACAACGUUCUCUAUCUGGCAGAGAGAUUCCAGACGCACUGUGGGAAAUCAUGCUGGCGUGCUGGCGCCUCGAGCCACCCCGACGUGCUGACGCUCUUACAGUACUCCGCCAGCUCGAAGCUGUCAAUCUUGCCGGUCAACUUGGUCAACAAUCACCUUCUAGAUCCGACGCCAACAUCUCUGCCGACGCUCAGACGUCUUCUGAAUUGACGCCUACUCCCUCCGAUGUCAUCGUGCCCAACAAGGCAUUGCCGCCUCCAUCAAAUAAUCCCACUACAUACAUCGCCAGUAGCCCUCCUCCGUCUUCCAUAUCAACACUUGAUACAUCGCAGAAACUAGACGCUGUUGUCAAGGCAGCGAGCAAUAUAACGCUUGAGGAUGGUAGCCUCUCAGUAAAGGCCGCUAUAGCCCGUUCGACUGAGGUUUGGUUACAAGACCUUCACACUUUAUUCCAACGAGCAAAGGACUACUAUCCUGACGUCCUAUGGCGAGUUGAUGGUGGAGAAGAACUCGGACGCGGUUCCAAGACGGAGAUUUGGGGGCAUUAUGCGGUCGUAUAUUCUCGCGCGUCACCAGCCCUUCGAGAGAAGUAUUUUCCGACGGGGUCAUUCCUAUCGUCGAGUGCCUCUCCUGCGCAGAUUGGUUUCACAGGCGCUCGAGCUUCCUUCUCGGACGACUUUGAGCUCUUUUAUACUGGCCGUAGCUCGGGGGGCCUGUCUCACUACGAAGACCACGAGAGCAUGGAUAUCGAAGAGGACUCGAAGAACGAACUACGCAAAGACCUCCUCUCUAUGUGGCGCACCCGUCUCAACUCCGAUGUCCGCAUCACUACAACGAUUACUGAUGAUGCCGUCACUUCGGAACAGGAAUCCAAGGUGGCUGUUAUCCACUCACAUCGCUUCGUUCUGGCGUCUCGAUCACCCUACUUCUACGAGCAGCUCCGGCAGACUGAGCAGAUGGAUCUACACUGGCGAGUUCGCUUUGAGUCAGACCAACUUGAACUUGAACAGUGGGACCUCGCCGCCGCAUUCAGCAUCAUGCGAUGCGCGAUGUAUCUCCGUCUUGACGCACUCUACGACGUGAUUCAGGCGCGCAUCGUCGAGGAAAUGAUGCACGGGCUUUUCCAUGCCUUCCUUCCCUUUGACGAACACGAGAAGAUUACCGGCGGCGUGUGGGGCGCAGGAGGAUGCAAGUGUCCCCAGUGCGCAUGGCGCGCGCCUCGCGUACUCGAAUUCGCUCGUAAGGACGACGUGAAGAGCGUAUAUCUCGAUCGUGGAGCCCGCCGCGCCCUUACAGCCCAUUUCGGUGAAGGAUGGUGCACUCCAGCAUUUGCGCACUUAUCGUCGAAGACACGCCGCACCAUCCUGAAGGGGCUUGCGAAGCGUAUGAUACCUUCUAACGUGUUUCCACUGUUGUACGCCUCGCAGGCCGGCAUGAAGAAGCUCGAGGGAGUCAAAGAGCCUUGGGCGACCGUCUCACGGGAAAUGCUGCUUGCCGCUAGCGACGCCAUUGAUAAGGUCCUGUGUGGUCAAUCAGCUGAAUGUUUUCGGCAGAGGGAGUGGCUCGAGAUUAUGGAGCCGGAAGACGACAAUGUAGAACGAGACGAGAAGUUAGAGUGGAUCGUGAAUGCCAUCCAGCGCGGGAUGAACGACUCGAAUGCCGCGAUGCUUUACCAGAUAUUCAAACAAUCAAUGUUAAGAUACCCUGAUGCGGGCCCGUACGUCCGAAUGCGUGUCGAGGAAACUUACGAGGAAAUGCUGCUCUGGUUACAAAAUCGAUGGACGUUCGUGAAGCAGGAGGGCGGCUUCAACGGAUUGGAAGGCUGGAUACUGGCCGAUAUCUUACGGGGGAUCGAGAUCGAUGACGAAGAAUUACUCCACGUGCUGAAGCAACCUUUCGCUGCUCUGAAUAAUAAGGGCUAG